GUAGCAAGGAGCCCACAGUAAUCUCACAGUUACGGAGCUGUCUCCUCUUUCGAAGCAUUUGUGGCUUUGUUCUUAAUCAAAUAUAUGACAGCAGACAGAGCAUCUCUCUUUACCAUCCCAGUUUCUGCUGGCAUAAAAAAUAUGCAAGCCUUGCUAUCUGUUCCGUUCCUUUCCCCACAUCCUCUCACCUGGGUAGCAGGAGCGGGACCCUCAAAUAGCCUAGGAUGCCCUGAUGAUGCUAAUUGAUAGCUGAGAAUCUGUUCAGAUCUGGGCUGCUCUCCAUUGCUACCCCAGCUGCCUGACACUCCGAAAUGUUUGGGAGUCCGCUGGAAGAACACAGAUCAUGGUUUAUAAUUAACACAAUUAAAAAUAGCAUUUGAAUAAACUGAAUGCAGCAGGACAAGGGGAGCUGUUGUGUAACCAGCAGCCUGGGAGGAAACGCCAGAAGAGUUGUCAUCAUCUAAAUCAGUCAAGUGCAGUCAGUGGACCUGAAUCCCCCCCAAAAGGCAAGUACUUUUAAGCUUGUUGACAAACAGCUACUCGCAAAUUCAGCGCAUGCAUUGCGGGGUAACACAACGCUUUCAGCACGGGAGCAGUCGGACAACUGCAGCUGUGCGCCAUGCCGUGUUGUUUGUUGUGAAGGACAUUCAGAUAGAGAGUUGGUUGUGGAGUUGCCACUUCUUCGCAAUUUGGACCGCACAACAUGCAUCGGUGAAAAUAUGUGGCAGCCUGUCUGUGCAGAAGGGGAAAUCCAGUGCAGGCUGUUUCAAGGUUAUCUUUUAAAUACAUAUAUGAAGAGAGAAAAGCUUUAGCCAGGCUGAUUUUUGACCCCCAAAGGCAUGACCUUCUAGAUAUGUAUCUUGAAUCAGUGUUAGAAACCGAGAUAUGAGAGCUAGGAUCUAAAUGGCACCUUAAAACCUAGGCUAUGGGUGCAACAAGAGAAUGUCUAGAUGCACUUUUUUAUAUAUAACAAGAAUACAAAGCUGAAAAUGAAUGAACUGCAGCUAAAAUAUUAUGUUCAUUUUUCACAUGGUCUAGUUCUGCCCACCCCCACCCCCCUAAUAUUAUUAAGAGGGUCUCUUCUCCAGUCUUCAGAGAGUAGCUGGAAGGGGGGAGGCAGAAAAAAGGUCCUCCUUUCCUUCCACUCUGCAGUUUUAAUCUGAAAUCUUAGGAGCAGUAUUGCGCCCAGAGCUCAGAAACUGCUCACGCUAAUGAAAUUCCCCGUCGCAAAAUCCGCCUGGAAUAAUGGGAGUUUUGAACGCCCAUUAUUCCGAGUGAAAAAUCCGAGUGAAAAAUGUGCAUCUUUCCAAACUUCAAAUCCCUGAUUUCAAAUCCCUGAGGGCACCUGGCAAAUUGCUGCAUACCUCGUUUAUAGUUUCGUAACAGGAAGAGGGUUUCAAAACACUGUGCGAGAGCAGAGCAGGAACAGAUUUUGUGGGGCUUCUAAUGGCGCCUUUGGCAGUGACUGGCUGAGCUGCUCUAACGUCAAAGAAGGGCAGGGCAGGCAGUCAUUGGCUGAGCAGCUCAGAUCCUAAAGAUGGGCCGAGAAGGAAUAAAAGUCUAUGGAAAGGGGUGCAUAGGAGGCUAGGAAAAGUGGGGGCAGGGGGAUAUAUAACCAGCAGGAUGUGAUAAGUUGGGCGGUUACUGAGAAAAGAAAGUUGCAGUAGGUGAUGGACCGGAAGAAUAAGGACAGAGGUGAAAGCUUGAGCGAAGAGUUUAAGGGAGGAAGGAAAUCUGGGGUGGGGUGGGGGUGAAGAAAUAAGAAAAAUCCAUAAUGUUGCAGAGAUGCAGGAAGCUGAAGUUCACAUGUUGAUCUGAAACAAGUCCCAUAUUGGGCUUGUAUUCCUUGAGCAGGAUGCAAAUUUCAGACUCAACCGUUUUGUCUUUUAAAUGCACUGUUUGUGUUUGAGCAUAUUCCUAAAUCUGGCAAUUCACUUGGAAUUUAAAUAUCACAUGUUGACAUCCUGUUUUUCCAUCUCAACUCUGAGAUGUUUAGCAACAGAUUGCUUGCCUGAAAAGCUGACAUUUAAGAGCCGUAAAGAUCCUUCCCCAACAAAUUUGCUUUAGCUCUCGGGGAUUUUGUGUAUUUGUGUUUGAGAUGGUGAGAAUAUCUGAUGGGCAGUGUCAUAUAGUGAAUGUUCUCAAGCAAAAUGGGAUUUGCAGCAUUCAGUGAUUUGCAACUUUGAAGGAAGCCCCACUUAUGAAUUCAAUUAGACUUACUCGCAGGUGUUAUUUGAUUGCAUUUGUUUGCAUCUUUACAAGCGUUCUCCUAGUGAGGAAAUGGGCUAUCCGUAAGUCUAUUUAAAGAGGAAAGAAGUUAAGAUAUGGUAUGUAAACUAAGCAAGAUCAUGAAACUCAAACUAAUUUCUAGUAAUUGUCAGCAUGAUGUUCACGCUUAUGCAAGCAUUUCACAUUCUUUGCUCAAGCUAUCAAAGGGUUUAUUUUUAGCAAGACAUACUGGGGGUUGCAUACUCACUCUGUACUUGACGUUCCCUGCCUCCUAAAAAGACGGCUUUGCACUCCCUACUUCUUCAAAUUGCUGAAAUUUUUAAGGGACAGCUUUUACAGGUUUCUGUGGAUGACUCAUGUUGCCAUUUCUAAUACAGUGGUACCUCGGAUUACAUAUGCUUCAGGUUACAUACGCUUCAGGUUACAGACUCCGUUAACCCAGAAAUAGUACCUUGGGUUAAGAACUUUGCUUCAGGAUGAGAACAGAAAUCGUGCUCCGGCGGCAUGGCAGCAGCAGGAGGACCCAUUAGCUAAAGUGGUGCUUCAGGUUAAGAACAGUUUCAGGUUAAGAACAGACCUCCGGAACUAAUUAAGUACGUAACCAGAGGUACCACUGUACCCUAUUUCUUUACAAAGAUAUAUUGGCCAGGAGUUAGCAGGCAGACUCCGAGAGUGAUCGUAUUCAUCUUUAAAACAGCUGCUGUUGUCCCCAAAUAAUAAAACACAGUGCUCCUGCGGCUACUUUUCCCCCCAGGUAGCUGCAUGGAACAGAAUAUUGUUUGUUUGCCUAUUUAAGGUAUAAUCUUACUGCAAAAUUAUUUUCCUUGGCUCCCGCCCAAGCAGAGAUGAGCUCUGUUCAUGGAUUGGCGCUCAAUGAUAAGAACACAUGGUGUCUCCAGGUAAGGACUGAGAAAAAGGCCAGACAGACAACAUAUGAAUGGAGUACACUGGUAUGUUUACUUGGACUGUGCUUUUGUCCUGCCUCUGAGGUCAAACCUCCUUCCUCAAGCAGCUACAGGUUGUCUGCAGUUGCCUGAAGAGACACCCCAGUUCAUGAGCUCCUGACCAUGUAUACAGCCUCCACACAAUUAGGAUUCCUGCAGAUAAAAAGGUAAAGGACCCCUGUAUGGUUAAGUCCAGUCAAAGGCGACUAUGGGGUUGUGGCGCUCAUCUCGCUUUCAGGCCAAGGGAGCAGGCGUUUGUCCACAGACAGCUUUCUGGGUCAUAUGGCCAGCAGGACUGAACUGUUUCUGGUGCAACGGAACACUGUGACGGAAACCAGAGCGCACGGAAAUGCUGUUGACCUUCCUGACACAGCAGUACCUAUUUAUCUACUUGCACUGGUAUGCUUUCAAACUGCUAGGUUGCUGCUACGAGGGCUGCCCUUGAAGUUGUCCCAGAAACUCCAGUGGGUGCAGAAUGCCGUGGCGAGGCUCCUUACAGGGUCCUCGCACAGGACCACAUUCGCCCAGUGCUUUUCCAGCUGCACUGGCUCCCGGUGGAGUACAGGGUCAGGUUUAAGGUGCUGGUUUUGACCUUUAAAGCCCUUUGUGGCCUAGGACCCUCGUACCUACGGGACCGCCUCUCCUGGUAUGCCCCGCAGAGGACCUUAAGGUCCAUAAAUAGCAACACUGUAGAGGUCCUGGGCCCUAAGGAAGUCAGAUUAGCCUCAGCCAGGGCCAGGGCCUUUUUAACACUGGCUCCGGCCUGGUGGGACGCUGUGUCUCAUGAGACCAGGGCCCUGCAGGAUCUGAUUUCUUUCCGCAGGGCCUGUAAGACAGAGUUGUUCCACCUGGCCUUUGGCUUGGAAUCAACCUGAUCCCCUCCCCCUCUUUCCUUUUCCUUCUGUGAUGGAACCCCUAUUUGGGGACUUCCCUGGCUUUUUUCUGGUCCAUGUAGGACCAGUCUGGAUAGUUGGCCAUGGUGAAGAUUAGAUGUUUUCUCCCCUCAAACAGUUUUUGAUCUGGGCUUCCACUGAAAUGAGGCUGCAUUUUAAGUUGUAUUUUAAUCAAUUGUUUUUAUACCUGCUGUUAGCCACCCUGAGCCCGGUCUUGGCUGGGGAGGGCAGGGUAUAAAUAAAAUUUAUUAUUAUUAUUAGGUUGGCAGGAGCUGGGACAGAGCAAUGGGAGCUCACCCCAUCCUGUGGAUUUGAACCGCUGACCUUCUGAUCGGCAAGCCCAAGAGGCUCAGUGGUUUAGACCACAGCGCCACCCGCAUUCUACAUCUGCACAACUGUGUGUCCCAAUCACACAGAGCUUGUGCAUUGGAGUUUUUCUUCAGAUAACUGCAGGCAACUUGUUGUUCUUUGAAACAGGGGUGGGGCUAAAAGUGCACUCCAUUCCAAGCAAACACAGUAAUGCCCAACGUGUGAGUACUGGGCUUGUGUGUCUCAAACGGCAGCAGCUAGACAUUACCCAGCAUACAAAGACUACUAAAUUAGCAUGGUUAUAUAGGAAACUUGUUUUAAAAACAGCAGUAGCCGCAGCAACUCUUAGGCAAAGGUAAUUCUGCAAAUUGCCUCUGGAAAAAAAAGGCAUGAAUAGCAAAUAAGCAGACCCUCCAAGUGUCCCUAUUAUCCAGGGACAGUCUUGAAUUUACAGAAGCCAUCCUGGUUUCUGAUUUGAUCCCAGAAUGUCCUGCUUUUCCUUAGGUAAAGGGACCCCUGACCAUUAGGUCCAGUCAUGACCGACUCUGGGAUUGUGGCGCUCAUCUCGCUUUAUUGGCCGAGGGAGCCAGCGUACAGCUUCCGGGUCAUGUGGCCAGCAUGACUAAGCUGCUUCUGGCAAACCAGAGCAGUGCACGGAAAUGCAGUUUACCUUCCCACCAGAGCGCUACCUAUUUAUCUACUUGCGCUUUGAUGUGCUUUCAAACUGCUAGGUUGGCAGGAGCAGGGACAGAGCAACGGGAGCUCACCCCGUUGCGGGGAUUCGAACCGCCGACCUUCUGAUCGGCAAGUCCUAAGCUCUGCGGUUUAACCCACAGCGCCACCCGCGUCCCCACUUUUCCUUAGGAGGUCCCUAUUUUCAUCAGAGAAAUGUUGGAGGUUAUGGAGUUGUGUCACUCCCCAAGCCAAGGAGAUAAGUAACUAUACAACCUUUAGAAGACAUCUGAAGGCAGCCCUGUAUAGGGAAGUUUUUAAAUGUUUAAUGUUUUGUUAUUUUUUAUAUAUUUUGGAAGCUGCCCAGAGUUGUUGGGGCAACCCAAUCAGAUAGGUGGGGUAUUUUUUUUUAUUAUUAUUAUUAUUAUUAUUAUUAUUAUUAUUAUUAUUGAAUAGGACAUCCCUAUUUUCAGCCAAGAAAUGUUGGAGGGUAUGAAAUAAGGCUGAGCCAAAAAGGCACGGUUCUUUUUGCAACCCAUAUUUGGUAGCUUCAAAAAGCACUGCCCCAGUCAGUGUCAUUUGGGAACUUGGCAUAAAAGGGUGGGCAGAAGCAUUUGCCCAUUUGGUGAUUUCAGAGUGAGGGCGGUUAGCUGCUGUGGCCCAAACCUCAAGCAUGGAGGUGGAGGAGGAGCUGGCUGAGUCUGGGGCUGCUGUACCACUGGCUGAGGAGCCAGACUGGGUUCCUGAUACUGAACCUGGUGGUCAGGAACCUGCAACACCCAAGCCAGGGCCCCCAAGGAAUCCUGAGCCCUGAGCCCAAACUGUCUGAGGAGCAAAGUACUUUCCACUCCACCUUGCUUGCCCACAGGAAAGAGAAGUGCUUUCCUUCUGGUUAGAUAGGGGCUAGCCCUUUAAGGAUGUACACUCUUCAGGCAGAGGGGUGGAGCUUAGGAGAGGGACUAGUGAGACAUCAAUUCACCUCUGGACUUUCUUGGAGUUAGUUGCUUCUUUGGAGCUCUCCGUGGUGCUGUGACCAUCAGCUUCCCUUUCAGAGAGAGACCUGCUGUAGGCAGAGAGGACAUCUGUGCCUUGCUUGGCUAGGAUUGCCCAUGUUGCCACAUAAGCCAGAUGUGAUUGGCUACAUAGUAUCAUUAUGUCAUCACAUUCGCUAUAGGAUCCCCGAGCGGUCGGGAUCACAUAGCAAAGGAGAAAGAAGGCUGGCUAAGAGGAGGAAAGCUUGUCAAAGUAGCAGGAGCCUGAAAGCAGAUACUAAAUCAGUGUUUCCCAAACUUGGGCCUCCGGCUGUUUUUGGACUACAAUUCCCAUCAUCCUCAAUCACUGGUCCUGCUAUCUGGGGAUGAUGGGAGUUGUAGUCCAAAAGCGGCUGGAGACCUAAGUUUGGGAAACCCCGUCCUAAAUGAAGGCAAACUUUUACAUUAUUUGAGACAUGUUGGGUUGCAAAAUGUAGACACUGCACACUCUGUAGAAAUUAAGCUUAAAUAAUAACAACGCCCAGUGUUCAUGUAGCAUAUUUAAAAUGCUGACAGCACUUCACAUUUUCUCAGUACUCCUUACAAGAACCCCAAAAGGGAGGGUAGUGUUAUUAUCCCGCCCCCAUUGCAGAUGGGAAGUUGGGCCACUUAGCUAAGAUCACCUAGCGAGUUCAAGUGAGAUUCCAGGGACUUCUGGGCUCCCACCCAUAGGCACUACACCUGCCAGAGUCCUGAAUUGCACAUUGGCAAAUCACCCUGAGCAUUUAUCACAGCUCUAGGCAAGACAAAAGGUAAAGCUCUUCUUUAUGAUGGGUUUGCAGGGUUUUAUGUUGUCCCUUCAGCUAGCUGCAGAAGCCUCCUCCCUCUAUCCUUAGCAAUCCUCCGUUGCCUUUUGAUAUCCUCCCGUCAGCUCUGCCACUUGCCUUUCAGUACUUACCACCAACGCUGCCUUGCUUCUGCUUUUUCUUACAUCUUUACCCUGCUGUUUCACUGACUGUGUGAUGCAGGAAGCAGAAGUCGCAAGUCUCAGAGCUGCCUUUUGAGGUGCAGGUAAUUAUUAUGUGCAUCUGUUAUUAUGAUCUUGGCUUCGCUAGGUGGAAGGCAUGUUGCUGCCGCUGUGAUAAAUUUGCAGCCCUGCUUUCCUGAAUUCCCUUUCCCUUGAUACCGAGCGCAGACUGCUUCUAAUUCCACCUUAUUUUUUUAAAAAAAUCACACACAGUCUUAAUCGCUGCCACACAAGGCCUCCUACUAAAUAUAUUUCACAGGAUUGAAAUAUAAAGGAUUGGAGCGAUUAUUCAGAGAAAGCAAAUUGCAAGUGGGGAGGAAGAAAUCAAAUGGCACUUCUGUUUCCCCCCACAUUCCCUGGGAGUCUAAAGAGACAGACUGCUCAGGUUUUUUAGAUUUACAGCAGAGAAUUGCUUAACCACAACGAUGGAAACCAAACCAAGAAUAUUUAUAAUCUAGCACAGUCUCUCUGUACUACUCCCACAAUUCAAGUAUUCACAUGUCCAGGAGGUAUUACACACCCUCCGUCAUUUCUCAAAUGAAAAUAGGGAUGUCCUAUUCCAUAAUAAUAAUAAUAAUAAUAAUAAUAAUAAUCCACCCAUCUGACUGGAUUACCCCAGCCACUCUAGGCAGCUUCCAACAUAUAUAAAAACAUCAUAAAACUAUACAGGGCUGCCUUCAGAUGUCUUCUAAAGGUUAUAUACUCACUCAUGUGACACGCCCGCCCCCCGAGCCAAGGAGAUAAAGACACAUUUGCUUCCAAAAAUUCUCAUUUUCUAAUUAUAUUGUUAAGUAUCAAGUAUUCAGAGAAUAUUCCAGUACCAGUAAUUUGGAGAAAUGUUGGAGAGUAUGGAGUUAUGUGACCCCCCCCCCCCAGCCAAGGAGAUAACUCCAUACCCUCCAAGAUUUCUCCAAAUUACUGGUACGGGAAUAUUCUCUGAAUACUUGAUACUUAACAAUAUAAUUAGAAAAUGAGAAUUUUUGGAAACAAAUGCGUUUUGGUUCUAGAAUCUAUUUGACCUCUUCAUGGUUUCCAUCUCUAAGAUGCCUCUGCCCACAUCCAUAUAGUUUUGCAGCGUUUCAGGAUAACCAGGAACUUUCAAUUUCUGCCAUACAAACUGGCCCCUUCAGCUCUUCUGCUCUUCUCUUGCAAGAGCCUCAGAUAUUCCUUUUCCCUGCCACAUUGCUUGGACUAAACUCUCUUGCGGCCACAUUUUCUUCCUUGCAUCUCAGGGCUUGGUAAUGAAUUAUGUCUCUGGGAAGAGGCAGGUGGAGAUUCCAUCUAUUUCACCGCAUCGCUUAGCUUGCACUGCAAGGAUGAACUAGCUGAUCCCCGGUCCCUCUGGGCUGGCUUGACCUUUGUGCUAAUUUGAUUUAUUAUUUUUAGUGCAUUAUGCUACACUCAGCCUUCUCGACUGUAGCAGGGGCUGUAUGCUAAUGAUUUAUGGGAGACAUCUGGGAUUCCACGGGCUAGCAUACAGAUUGUGUCACUGCUAUCUGAGAAGACUCCAUUGAUCCAUCCCAAAAACCCAGCAAAGCAACAGAGUGUCAAAUUCCCAUCAGCUUCAGUUCACAAACCCUAAUUGAACAGGUGGCUACGACUGUUCUGGAGUUGACCGUAUCCCAUCUUUUAAGAAUAAAAUGAGAAACAGACGAAAUGCUUUCGUCCUCAUUUCCCACCAAAAGAUGAUCUCCAUAUUCUCUGCCUAAAUAACAACAGCAAGGGGGAAAGUAAUCUUUGCCACCUGCUCCAGAGGGGUGGGGAAGCCUGAGUGCCUUGAUUUUAAGAUAAGAUGUUUGGCCCUCCAUUGCCAUAAAAUAUUUGUCCAGGGGUGAGUCUAAACACAGGGGGAAACCGCUAGAAAUAAGUCAGAAAUUAGAUCAUUUUAACAGAAGGAAAAAAAUCUAUGAAAAAUCACGCUUGGAAAUUUCCUGCUCUCUGGCGCCAUCUGGUGUUGCAUGUAUAUAGCACAUUCAAAUCGCUGUUUCUUUACUAAUGUUAGCCAAGUCCUAGGCCCCAUGUGGCUGACAUAAGUUAGUGCUGUCACAGUCAAUCAAAAUUUUCAUAUUUGAUUGUCCCCUGCCCCUUGUUUGGCUAGGAUGGUCCUUGUUUGGCUAGGAUGGUCCAUGUGAAACUCUCUUUCAGCUGGAGUUUCAUGUUGCCACAUAAGCCAGAUGUGAUUGGCUACACAUUAUCAUGAUGUCAUCACAUUCGCUGCAGGAUCCCUGAGUGUUUGGGAUCACACAGCAAAGGAGAAAGAAGGCUGGCUAAGGGGAAGAACGCUUGCCAAAGUAGCAGGAGCACAGCCUGAAAGAGGAUACUAAAUCAGUGUUUCCCAAACUUGGGUCUCCGACAGUUUUUGGACUACAAUUCCUAUCAUCCCUGGUCCUGGUCCUGGUAGCUAGGGAUAAUGGGAGUUGUAGUCCAACAACAGCUGGGGACCCGAGUUUGAGAAACACUUCUGAGUCUAGUCCUUACUGCUUCCUCCGUCAACACAUUGGAAAGACUGUUGCUCGCUGUCCGGACACAGAAAUAGGUUAAGGCUGAGAGAGAUACUGGGUAGUCUUGCAUCGACCAGUGAGCUUCAUAACUGAGUUUGAACUCAGGUUCUACUGGCCUGAGUCUAACACACUUCCACAUUGCCACAUUGUCCUCCCCAGACCUUUUUGAUACACCCCAUUGUGACCUUUGCAAAGAGACCAUUGUUCUCCUGUCGAGGCUUGUUGUUGUUUAAUCGUUUAGCUGUGUCCGACUCUUCGUGACCCCACGGACCAGAGCAUGCCAGGCCCUCCUGUCUUCCACUGCCUCCCGCAGUUUGGUCAAACUCAUGCUGGUAGCUUCGAGAACACUGUCCAACCAUCUCAUCCUCUGUUGUCCCCUUCUCCUUGUGCCCUCAAUCUUUCCCAACAUCAGGGUCUUUUCCAGGCAGUCUUCUCUUCUCAUGAGGUGGCCAAAGUAUUGGAGCCUCAGCUUCACGAUCUGUCCUUCCAGUGAGCACUCAGGGCUGAUUUCUUUCAGAAUGGAUAGGUGUGAUCUUCUUGCAGUCCAUGGGACUCUCAAGAGGCUUAGCCUUUUUUCAAUUGCAUCCAAAGGAACGGCAGCAGCUCAACUCAAUCUGCCCCGGGCUGCCCUCCAAAGGCACAUGAACCGAGAAAGACAUUUAUACGUUGUUCUCACUGUUAGCCUCUGUAAUUUCGUUUGACCUGAACUUGCUGCCAGAUCAGCUAGCAGGCACUGUGGUAAGUUGGGCAAUAAAAUAAAUAAAUAGCGUGCUGGGUGAUAGGGCAGUAAAAAGAUUACUCAGUGUAGGGACAAAUGAUGUCAACAGAAAUAGGGUUGUCGUGGAUAUAUAUGCAACAGGAGUUGGCUUUAACCUUGAUAGAAUAGUCUCUUAAAAUACCAUAUUUCCUAGGGCAGCAGUACAGAAUCAUUGAGACUCCAAAUCCCAUCAGUCCCAGCCAGCAUAGCCAAUAGUCAAGGAUGAUGGGAAUGGCAGCUCAAUAACACUGAGAGCGGCUGCAAGUUCCCCACUGCUGCCCUGGGGACUCAUAAACAACUACACUGGUACCUUGGUACCUUCUCAAACUUAAUCCAUUCCACAAGUCUGUUCCAAAACCAAAGUGUUCCAAAACCAAGGCGCGCUUUCCCAUAGAAAGUAAUGCAAAAUGGAUUAAUCCCUUCCAGACUUUUAAAAACAACCCCUAAAACAGCAAUGUAACAUGAAUUUUACUAUCUAAUGAGACCAUUGAUCCAUAAAAUGAAAGCAAUAAACAAUGUACUGCGGUCACACAAUCAGUCAGUCAGUCAAUCAAUCAAUCAGUAGCUGAACUGGGUUCCACACAGUCACAAAAACAAAACAAAAAAGCCACAAAAACAAAAACGCAAAAUAAAUAGCAAAAACAGUCAGACUUCAGCGUAACACUCAAAACAGAAGUGUGGCACUCAAAAUGGAGCAUGUUUGGCUUCCGAAAAAAGUUCACAAACUGGAACACUAACUUCUGGGUUUGCAAUGUUUGGGUUCCAAGCUGUUUGAGUACCAAGGUGUUUGAGAACCAACGUACCACUGUAGACCUCAAGACUGAUGCCCCGUUUAAGAGGGUGGUUUUGCUGGAAGAUCUAUUUCAUUGUCCCAAGUACAGACAGAAAGAACCCCCCAGUGUCUUGCAAGGAACACAAAUUGUCGACACGGUAUUUUACAAGCGUAUUCAGAAUCCUCGUGGGGAACAGAGUAGCCAUAAGACCUUGCUCCACACUGGAGGGGAUGGGACAGGAUGGAGAGAGAAAAAUUACUUGUUGCUAAUAAUAUGCAAUGGAUAAUUUAAAGCUGCGGUGCAGAUAGAUAUGCCCUCAGAACGGCCAACUCUAGUUGGAAAUGUGACCUUAAAGCAAACAGAUGUAAUUUCUCAAGCGUUCCUGCUUACUUUGGCCCUCGGGUUCACUAUAAAACUUGGAUCCAAAUUAUGUCUGAGCAUACUGCAGCAGGCAUCUAGCCAAAAAUAUCUUGUUUGACUGGAAGUCAGUUAGAAACAGAGGCAUUUUCACAAAUUGUAUUGAAGCUAGUCCAAAUACUUUUGCAAGCCUUUGCCCGACUUUCCUGGAACCCUGCUUCAACCAGUUUUGAACCACAAUGGUUGUAGGAGCAUAGGUCUGAGAGAUCAAAAGACAAAGAAUAAGUUAAAAGUUGGCCUAAAAUAUGAGGCAUAUUAGAAGAAGUGUGCGUAUACAUUUUUGGGCAGACCUCAUUAACAAACUGGUACAGCAGACCGAUUUAAAAGACAAGAAUAAGAAGAAACUAAGAGAACCCAAAAUUGGCAGAUCAUCCAGAGAAUUUAUGAUCAGCUCAUAUUUGGAAGAAUCGCCUCAAUCCAUGGACCAUUUCUUCAAGAGAAAACCUCCAGCUCCCUCUUCAAGUGCUUCGCUAAGGAAAAUGAAAAGUCCUAGUGAGAUAUUUACCACUUUCUGCACCCAACCAAUCACACCCCACUCAACUAGUUAGUUAUACAGCGGUCAAAAGUCAAGUUCAUACUCUAGGUGGCUGGAUGUACUGUUCCAAACACACUGCCAACAUCCUCUGACUGCAAUAAACAAAUCUAGGCUGAAGCAACCAGAAGGGUCUAAGAUAUUAUAUAAUUGUUCUCCAUCCAAUAUAGCAAUAAUAAUAAUAAUAAUAAUAAUAAUAAUAAUUUAUUUAUACCCCACCCAUCUGGCUGGGUUUCCCCAGUCACUCUGAGCGGCUCCCAACAGAAUAUUAAAAACACAAUAAAACAUCCAACAUUAAAAACGUCCCUAAACAGGGCUGCCUUCAGAUGUCUUCUAAAAGUCAGAUAGUUGUUUAUUUCCUUGACAUCUGAUGGGAGGGCAUUCCACAGGGCAUGUGCCACCACUGAGAAGGCCCUCAGCCUGGUUCCCUGUAACCGCACUUCUUGCAGCGAGGGAACCGCCAGAAGGCCCUCAGAGCUGGACCUCGGUGUCCGGGCUGAACAAUGGGGGUGGAGAUGCUCCUUUAGGUAUACUGGGCUGAGGCCAUUUAGGGCUUUAAAGGUCAGCAGCACCAACACUUUGAAUUGUGCUCAGAAACGUACUGGGAUCCAAGUCGGAAUGGACGCAUGGAAGUGAUUUUCUCCUCCAAGUGCUUUGCAAAUAUGUCUCAGCAUGGUACUGAGAGUUCAGGUAAAUUACCUGGCAGGAGGCCAUAAGGAGGAGACAACUUGAAAGAGUUCUGCUGGUUGCCACUCCGAAGAUGCAGUGGUGGCAGAGAAGGAACCUGAAUUUGCUGCCAUCCCUACUGCAGAUUGCCACAGUCAGGAAGCACAGGCAAGCUGAGGAGGUGAGAUACAGAUGGAAAUGACAUAACUGCCAUCAGUGUGUUUUGCUGUAUGUGGAAAUAGAUUUCUUCCCUCUACUUUCCAUGGCAGUAGUGUAACUAGGGUGGGAAAAUAGGGACACCCAUCCUGGAAGCUACCUGGGCAACAACCUAUUCCGAUAGUUCAUAUAAUGCACUGAAAGUUAUUAAAAUAAGUUUACAUCAUGUUUCCAUUUCAAUAUAGAAUAAUCAGACAUGUUUUUCACAAAGGCAGGUGACGGCUUGGUCAGAGGGUUAGGGAGUGUUGACGAAAUAAAACAAACCCAUCCACUGAAUAUUGCUGGCAACGAAGGAACAAACUUGGAAUUUCUUGAUCAUCAUCAUCAUCAUUUUAUUUGAAUGCCGCCUUUCCAUAGUUAAAAACAAUGCUCAAGGCGGCUUACAGCAUGACCGGAUUUACAUAACUACCAACAUAACAAAAGUCAUAAACAAUAAAUAAAACACAUCAGAAAGUACACAACCAAAUGGAAAACAGUUUCCACAUAACUCAUAAAAUCUAAAACUAAGAAUACAGCAUUAAUAUCAAUCACAAUUUAAAAUGACAUAGAUAAAAAAUAAAAACAAUUUUUAAAACAAAACAAAAACAAAAACAGCACUCCUGUAUGGAGCCUUUUCCUUUUCCUUUUCAACUGCCUGCACUCUCACAUCCAUUUACCCAAGAGCAAAUUCCGUUUAACUCAAUGAAACUCAUUUCCGAGCAAACUUGCAUAAGAUUGCACAGCCUACAUCUUUUCACCUAUUACAUAUAAUCCUUUGAAAUUGUGUUAUGCCUUGUUGGGGGGGGCAGAGAAGCGCGUGCAGUCGGGAACUUGCCCAAAGUGUAGGAAUGACAAGCUUUUGGGACUAUUCGAUGCUCACUCUAAUCCUCUAAUUCCAGGGUGCCUCGGGAAUAGCUCCUCCUCCUAGAGGCUUAUGUGACAGGGGAGCACUGCCAUGGCUGCAAUCAUUUCCCUUCCAUUCAGACUGAGUGACAGGGAGUGUCAUUCCUACCUUUGUGUUGCUGAGACAGGAUUAUGGCCGCGUGCCCUGCUCAGAGCUGCUACCCACAGGGACAAUUUGGGAGCUCAAGUUGAUACGCAGCAUUAGCUGCCUCCUCCGAUUCAGGCUGGGUUGCUAAGGGCACAUCUCACCAGUAUCAGGCACUGGUUCGAAGCUCUCCUUUCAUCGGCCCCAACCAAUGACUUUUGUGUGUGUGUUGUGAUCUCACAAACCAUGUCCUAUGUAGUGACAUCACAAUAAAGGCAGCGUACUGUGUGAUGCGAUAGUAACUCACCAUGACAGCAGCCUUUCCAGAGAAAAGAAACGAGCAGUAAAAAACAAACACACAAAUGUCCACACCAAAAUACACAUAAAACAAGCAGCAAAAAUAGCCAUUUGGUUUACAGAUUGCCGGGGAUGUGGGAAGGCUCCCUGAGAACGUUCACAUCUUAUCCGAGUUGUGUAUUGUUGCUGUUUUUAAGCUCCCUUGAAAGCUCCCAGAGGCUUCACUUGAAAAAUGAAUCUUGCAAUGUGGGUUGAGUUUCAUUUUAACAUGCACUUGAGACGCUUGCUCCUUGUUUUACAUGAGGCUGCCCUUUUCAGAUCUGAGUUCAAUGGACACAGGGACUAUCACAUUUAGUUUGUCUCACAAUCUCAGUUGUCGAGACUCCAGAUGCUGGUUUGUUCAUCGUUUUGUGCAUUUAUGCCCCACCUUUUCCCAGGGAGCUCAAGAUGGGGCACGUGCCUCCUGCCCAAAAAAAGCCCAUAAUAUCCUCACAGCAACCCUGUGAGGUAUGGCUAGGGCUAAGAGACAAUGUCUGGCCCAAGAUUGCCCAGUGAACUUCACAGCUGAGCAGGACUUUGAGCCUUAGUCUCCUGGGUCCCAGUUUGACUGGCUAACCACGACACUACACUGGCUCUUAGCUGUAGCUGGAAAGUGAUUCGAUAGACGUUUCUAUUUAAAUAUAACAACCCCCGAAACUUUCCUAAAAUUAGGGCUUACCUAAACUUUCAGCAGUAAUUCAACAGCACUUUCUAAAUGGAUGGAAGCCAAAAUAACGUUCAGCAGACAGUUUUGCAGCCGCUUUAGUUACAGGGUCCCAUCUUGCAGUCGUUGCCCUGCCAAAUAUUUCACCCUCUUCAAAGGAAAUACGGGCUGGAGGAGGAGAAUGGAUUGCAAUGCCUGGCCGCCAGUCAUUUCUUUGCCUCUCAUGCCAAAAAUCCAAAAGCAGGCUGUGGGGAUCUCUCUUUCUCCAGAUGAUGACUUCAGCAACACCUAGAGCUAGGCAAGGACACAAUUCCCAGAGCAGGUUUGAAAUGUUUGUGUUUCCUCACAAAUGCCGGUGACAUCAUCGGCACCGGAGGACUUGAACUUCACUUUUGGCACGCAAAAGCCCUCCUGGUGAUUUUUACACCAGGCGUUCCUGCUCUUGAUGGAUAUUGAUGUAACGACGCCUGUAAUUAAAGGAUUGUAUAUAUAAAGGAUUGUAGCUAUAACACAUGCAGAUGUAGUUAAAUGCAUCUGUGUUAAAAGAGCACAGAACAUUUGUAACUGGGCAAGGAAGUAUGCAACCAGUGACAAAAUGUUUCAGAGCUUUCAGCAACACAAAAGCAAGGGAAAUUAGGUGCUUGUCCCUAGAUUUGUCAGAGUGCAAGCUCAAAACAACAUUAGCAUGGAUUUGCUGGUGUACUCCAUGCCGUCACUUGGGUAUUGCAUCUUUGUAUCUUCUUCUUUGGCGAUCACUUGUAGCCUAGUAAGAUUGUCCUCCAUGAACAUGGUCUUAACAGUGAGUCUGUAAGUGACUGUGGAGGCCAAUUCUGGAUCCACACAUCCUUCCACAGUGGGGACAUAGGUUUCCGGGCAGGAGUUGAUCACGGUGAGGGUUUGCCAAGCAUGCCUUCCUCUUAGGCGUUUCUCCCUUUUGUCCUGAGUUUGAGCAUCUUCAAAGUUCAUGACACCUUUGGUAAAGGCUGUUCUCCAACUGGAGCGCUCACAGGUUAGUGUUUCCCAGUUGUCGGUGUUUAUACUACAUUUUUAAAGAUUUGCCUUGAGAGAGUCUUUAAACCUCUUUUAUUGACCACCAGCAUUAUGCUUUCUGUUUUUAAGUUCUGAAUAGAGUAGUUGCUUUGGAAGACGAUAAUCAGGCAUCCGCACAACAUGACCAGUCUGACGAAGUUGAUGUUGUAGAAUCGUUGCUUCGACACUGGUGAUCUUUACUUCUUCCAGUACACUGGCAUUAGUUCACUUGUCUUCCCAAGUGAAGUGUAAAAAUUUUCAGAGACACUGUUGAUGGAAUCUUUCGAGGAGCUGGAGGUGGCAUUUAUAAGUGUUCCAUGUUUCCAUUGCUUCUCUAUAUACAGCAGUGAGGCAAAGUAUGGAGAGUGAAUUGAACUACCCUGAGUAUCCUUUGGGUGGCAAAGCUGCAUGGAAAUGGAGAAAGGGCGGGGGGGUAUUUAUUUUUUGUCCCUUUAAAAAGAGCAACAGAACUCUGGCAUCAGCCACCUACGGAAUUGGCUGCUACAGAUAGCUGGGUUUGGUUUUUUUUAAGGGGAGACAAAUUUCUGGAGGAUAGGCCUGCUCAUCUGAGUACAAAGAGGAUGGGGACAAAGAGCAGGGUGCAGCCAUCAAUGAUGUGCUUCCAUAGGGAUCUUCUGGCUAAGCUAAAGUUGGGAGCAGAAUGCCAGACGUCACCGUCUGAAUCAGCAAGACCACUUUAAUGUAAGCGCAAGUACUGGCUAAAUGGAGCAAAGUGUGAGCGGUGGUAGGGAGACCAGCAAUGAGAAGUUUGAGUUUUAUAGACCAUUCCACAACAUGAUCAAUAAAAUUAGCUUGAUGUGCAGCUGAUGGCCAAUUUUCUCAACACACUGGGAGACCUCACGGGUAGCUCUGUCCACUGUGGGAAAUUCAUUGGACUUGGGUUUCCCUUGUGCAGAAUUUUAACCCUGUUAGCCAAUGGGCUUUGAAAUGGCAGGCAUAAACCCAAUGGUCUUGCAAGGUCACCCUGAGAAAAAGUGGGAACAAGGAACCUCUCCGUGGAGAGUGUUCAGGACCCUCAACAAAUUACAGUCCCCCCAAGAUUCUUUGCAGGAAGCUGUGAGAGUUCAGCUCUCAUAAAACCAAUACGUUUGAAAGAUCAGACAUGCUCCGCAGGGAAUAUUUCCCUGAACGGACACUACAGACACACAGCCACCGAAUACCAGGGGACCCAAAUUCAUUCUGUCUCUGCACCCCAUUGCAUCUGGUCACCUUAUACCAAUCAUGUAAGUGGAAUGAAAGCUGCUUUUCGAAGAGCCCUCUCCUAAAUCGGGAGACGCUAUUUGGAUUCCAGCUGCUGGGGAGAUUCUCUUACAAACAGUUGGCUGCUCAAAUACUUCUGCAUCCCAAGAAACCACCAGUGGCUCGGCUUUCAAAGCCAGCCAGCCCUACUCCAGUCAUCGCUGUGGGCUGAGUCAUUUUGCUUACAUCCCCGCAGCACUCCCAGCAAGCAAUAAAUUAUGGCUGCAGGGAGGCAGUCGGGUUAAGCAGUCAGUGACUAGCCCCAAUAAUGGCCACAAGAUGUGAAGUUUGUGGAAAGGAGCCAUAAUGGAAAGAGAGAGCUUUUCUUGGAAUGGAUGGUGUCAGUCUGGGCCUCGGGGGUGGGGGUGGGGAAUCUCCCUGAAGCCUGUUUCCUGUAAAAGGCCUAGUUCUUCUGAGGCAUUAAACUUUAGGAUGUGCCCCUUAAUAGGGGCUCCCACAACUGACUAUUCCUCCAUACCAAAGUUUCCACUGUACAAAGAAACUAAAUACUACAGCAAAUAUCCUGGCUUUUAAACCAUAACCUUUCAUUUUCCUAUGUGUAGGGAAUUGUUUUAUAAUUAAAUUCCUACCCUGUGGAAAAAUGGGGUUUAAAUGUUUUAAAGAACAAUAAACUCGGAAACAUUGCUAAUCAGUGAAGCUAGCAGGGAGCUGUCAUGAUGUGGUUUGCUUUGCUGGUUCCAGAUAGUAAUCCAAGUUUCUAGACGAUUUACAGGUCAGGCUCAAACAAGAGCGCAUUGCAAUAAUCUAACCUGGAGCUGACCACAGUGGAAGCAGAAAUGGAAUCAGCAGCAACCCCAAACUGCAAGCCUAUUGGUCCAGGGGAUUGAGAAGAAAGUUAAAUAUUUAGGAGUAUGGAUAACAGUUAAGAAUACAGUAUAAAUAUUUUUAAGGACACCUAUACAAGAACUUGGAGAGAAAGAAAGAAAAACUUAGAGGUGUUGGGAAGGAGGAAUUCAUUGCUAUUGGGAAGGAUACCAGUAAUUAAAAUGAAUGCAUUGCCAAAAUUUUAAUUUUUAUUUCAAUCAAUACCUUUGAUCAGCAAUGUGGGAUACUUCAAAGAAUGACAAAAACAUAUUACUAGAUUUAUCUGGCAGGGGAAGAAGCCAAGAAUAAAAUAUAAAUUGUUGGCAGAUUCUAAAGACAGAGGUGGAUUCUCUCUACCAGAUUCAAGAUUAUAUUAUGAGGCAUCCUGUCUAUGCUGGCUAAGGGAAUGGAUAUUAUUUUUAAAAAUUGAUGUUUUAGAGCUUGAAGGUCAUGAUAACAGGAAUGGUUGGCAUGCAUAUUUGUGGUAUGAGAAGGUUAAAGUACAUAGAGCUUUCUUAAAUCAUGUCGUAAGAAAAUUCAUGUACAAGGUAUGUGAAAAAAUGUAAAAAUUUACUUGAAUCCAUUUCUAAAAGACCUCCAAACAGUGGGGUCAAAACUGCUACCGCCUCCCCGACACUAGAUGGCAGAAAUGAGAUUCUGUCUAAUUAGAAUCCCCAAAUAUGGCCUAGAUUCAAAUGCUCCCCCUAUCCCCAAUUCAUAGAAUUGGAAGGGACACCAAGGGUCAUCUAAUCCAAUCCCCUACAAUGCAGGAAUCUCAGCUAAAGCAUCCAUGACAGAUGGCCAUCAAGCUUCUGCUUUAAAACCUCCAAGGCAGGAGAUGUCUGUAGCAACUCCUACUCUUACAGUGCAAGCUUUAAUUUGUAUGUAAACUGCUUUGAAGCACUUGUUAAAAGUGGGAACAACAAGAUACCCAGCAGUAUACCAUGAUUUCUUUGAUUCUAGGAACUUCAGGGUGGUGGGCAUGAUUGGGCUGACAGGGAAAGAUUGGUCCAUGGUUAUUCCAUGAGAUUUACAGCUAAGUAAGGAUUUGAUCCAAGGUCUGCCCAGUCUAACUCUCAGGCCACUGGCUACCAUGAGGUCAAAUGAGGAAAGUCUCUCUUCCUUGUCUUUUAGAAUGUCUUGGAAUUCACUAAAUGGGGACGACUUGCAGCGCCCCAAUAUACGAAGAACUUCGAGCCUCACUUCCAGUAGCCAGGGGAGCUAUGAAACACCAGAAAUGGGGGAACUCCAACGUAUGUUGUGGACGCCCAUUCCCUGCCGCGGCAACGUCAACGAAGUCUGGCCUAACCUCUACAUUGGAGAUUUGUAAGUAAACAGGCUUAAAGGGAUGACAGAGAACAUUCUGCCCAUGUUAUAACAACUUCCAAAGGCGGAGAGAAGGAAAAGACAGCCAAAGGGGUUAUUCUGCCAUCUUGUCCUUGUUUCCACAUGGCAUCACAGGCCUUCGCCUAGAAGCUGGGGUUGUAUGGCAGACUACAACUGGUAUUCAUUAGAGCUGGGGUUUAUUAACUCAUUUUAGGUUUUUAAAAAAACCUAGAUUUUUUGGGUUGAUUCUUCAGUUGGAGCAAAUUUUAAUCGCGAAAGACAUAGUUUGUUUGUUUCAGGGAUUUUUGCUUUGUGUCUGUUGAGUUAUUGUAAGACAGCAUUAAAAAGAAAAUAUCUGUACAGCUGAAAAGGCUGGCAGCGUUCAGAUAAAUUCAACAGUGUAAAUAAGUUUUGAUGGAUGCAAUAAUGGAAUCCCGAAUGGUAUAGUUUUUGUAAAAUAUGCAGGGAUUUAUACGUCAAAUGAGCCAUGGAGAGAGAAGAAGGGAAGUCAUUGAUAUCUUAAGGAUGUAAAAAUGAGUAUUUUAAAAUGUAAAACAGAAAAUUCAAUAAAAAAAAUUAUAUACAAAAAAGAAGAAAAUAUCAAAGAUGGCUGCCUUUCUAACAAUGAGCGGCAGCGUUUGUUUAUUAAGUCAUAAGUCAUCUUACAUUUCCUUCAAUAUCCCCCAAAUGUUACUAUGCUUUGGUAAUAGACAAAUACAUUCCAUGGCUGCUGAGCACAUUCAGACCUCUUUGGGCUUCUUUUGUGUGUGUGUGUGUGUGUGUGUGGCCCUGAUAGAUAGAUAGAUAGAUAGAUAGAUAGGUGUGUGUGUGCACAUCUACACAUCUCAGUGUUCCUCUGAACAUGCUGGUGCCCCCAUUUUUUACUCCAGUCCUCUUGGCACUCAGCGCUCAUUAAUUUUAGAGGGAGUGGUUGCCAUUGCUGCAUUUAUUGGAUGAUUUGAUGAAUCGAAUGGGCGAUAUCCAGUUCUAGCUGUAUUUGGAGCAAACCCGCUUAAACCAAUGGACAAAUACAGUGGUACCUUGGGUUACAUACGCUUCAGGUUACAGACUCCACUAACCCAGAAAUAGUACCUCGGGUUAAUAACUUUGCUUCAGGAUGAGAACAGAAAUCGUGCUCCAGCGGCACAGCGGCAGCAGGAGGCCCCAUUAGCUAAAGUGGUGCUUCAGGUUAAGAACAGUUUCAGGUUAAGUAUGGACCUCCGGAAGGAAUUAAGUAACCCGAGGUACCACUGUAACCAAAUCCAUCCAUUUCAAUAGGUCUGCUCCAAAGAUGGAUUCGCUGGCUAUCGCCCAAUUUUUUUUUUAAUGCUUUUGUGCUUCUGGUGUCUUCACAACUUCAUUGUAUUCCAAUGCGCGAACAUUUGGUUGAGAAGCAAAUUGAAGCCUUCCAAUAAAUAAAUUAAAUGCCAGCAUCAGUGUUGGGGAAAUCCCAGACAUCCAGGCACCAUGCUGAGUGGUUGCUUAAAAGCUUGGUUCCUGCUACUAGGAUGGGGGUUUGUUUUGUUUUUUUGCAAUUAAAAAUGGGACAAUGGCAUCUAAGCUAUUUGAAAGCAUUUCCCCACACUGAAGAGUAACAUCUCUCUUCCCAACUCUGCUUUUCCACUCCAGUACAUAAAACCAUGCAGCAAAAACCAUAUGAAUAAGUUAAAAACAGACAUCAAUUAACCGUUAUGGAAAGAUGUAUUCUUAAUUGCCUGCACAGGCCCGGAGGAACAAAAAAGUUUUCAGGAGGCAUUUAAAAGCUGGAACAGAAGGUGCUUGCUGAAUGUUGGCAGAAUAUGAGCCGAUGACACGAUAACUUGUUGUUAUGAAGUGAGCCUCACCAGCUUGAGGAAGACCAACAAUGCUCCCAUAGAUGAUUAAGGUGGGAUAUAAGGGUUCGAGAGAUCCCCUGGACCUAAGUUGUUCAGGGCUUUGUAAAUUAAUGCAAGGAACUUGAACCUGGCUUGACCUUGCACAAGACAUGUGGUUUAGUCUGACAAAAGGCCUCAUUGCACACCAGACUUCUGGUCAAAGAGGUUUAGUAGAUUCUAAAUCUAAAAGCGCAACUUUGAAACCUGCCAAACUUAUGCGUGGCGGGUUGUUGCGCAUGCUCAGCAUGGGAAACAAGACUGCUGAUGCUUCACAUUCGACAAUCUUCCAAAAAAAACUCCAAAUACAUACAAAGGCUGCAUGGACUUGGUAUGUUCAUGCUUCCCUUAAUGGUUAAUUUCCAUAUUGUAUUUGAGCUUUCACACCAUGUAAAAGCCACUUCCAGAACUAUCAUGAAUACAGUGCAACUAUAGUGGAAAUUAAAGAACCUUUUAAGGAGGGUGAAAGAGGAGAGCACAAAAUAUGGUCUGAAGCUCAACAUCAAAAAACUAAGAUCAUGGCCACUGGUCCCACCAUCUCCUGGCAAAUAGAAAGGGAAGAAAUGGAGGCAGUGAGAGAUUUUACUUUCUUGGGCUCCAUGAUCACUGCAGAUGGUGACAGCAGUCACGAAAUUAAAAAACGCCUGCUUCUUGGGAGAAAAGCGAUGAUAAACCUAGACAGCAUCUUAAAAAGCAAGAAAGGCCCGUAUAGUUAAAGCUAUGGUUUUCCCAGUAGUGAUGUAUGGGAAGUGAGAGCUGGACCAUAAAGAAGGCUGAUCGCUGAAGAAUUGAUGCUUUUGAAUUAUGGUGCUGGAGGAGACUCUUGAGAGUCCCAUGGACUGCAAGAAGAUCAAACCUAUCCAUUCUGAAGGAAAUCAGCCCUGAGUGCUCACUGGAAGGACAGAUCCUGAAGCGGAGGCUCCAAUACUUUGGCCACCUCAUGAGAAGAGAAGACUCCCUGGAAAAGACCCUGAUGUUGGGAAAGAUGGAGGGCACAAGGAGAAGGGGACGACAGAGGACGAGAUGAUUGGAUAGUGUUCUUGAAGCUACCAGCAUGAUUUUGACCAAACUGCAGGAGGCAGUGGAUGACAGGAGUGCCUGGCAUGCUCUGGUCCAUGGGGUCACGAAGAGUCGGACAUGACGAAACGACUAAACAAACAAACAGCACUCCUCCCCAUAUUAUUUGCAAAGGGAUUUUUUUCCCCUGGAAGCAAGAAACAUGUAAAUUAGCACUAAAGCUUUACCAUGUUCUGCUAUACUUGCAGAAGAGGUGUCUGCGUGGUGCAAAAGCUCAAUAUAAUGUGGAAGUUAACAGUUAGGGGAAAGUCAUGAAAAUGGAAUAAAGCACCACAUGGAUGCAGCUUGCCUGGUUUUCUACAGUGGUGUUUCCUAAACUUGGGUCUCCAGCUGCUUGUAGACUACAAUUCCCAUCAUCCCUGACCACUGGUCUUGCUAGCUAGGGAUGACGGGAGUUGUAGUCCACAAGCAGCUGGAGACCCAAGUUUGGGAGCUAUGAGUCCCCAAACCAGCAAGGAUAUUAAAUCUAGCAUGGUCUAGAAAGUUAGCAGUUAAUACACUAGUUCAUGGACACCAUAUUAGUGCUGGAUGUGGGGAACCUGCCUGGCUAGAGAUUCGUUGUGUGGUCUUUAAGGGCAAGGAUGGAUGGAUGCGACUAGCACAAAUCUAAGCCAAAUACUCUUUCCCCCACAGAUAUAUAGCCCGUGACAUAGAACAGCUUCGCCGAAUGGGUAUCACCCACAUAGUAAAUGCCGCUGCUGGAAGGUUCCAUAUUGACACGGGGGCCAAAUUCUACAAAGACCUGCCGGUGGAUUACUACGGAGUUGAAGCAGACGAUGAUCCAAAGUUUGAUCUCAGCAUUUACUUCCACCCAGCCGCUAAGUAUAUAAGAGCAGCGCUGAACUCUCCCAGAGGUAAAUAUAACAGGCAGGGCAAUCUAUGUCAUCUCUGUCGUCCUGGCAGCCUUACUGCAUUCAACGCGCAGGUAUGAUGUGAGUGGCUAAAGGACUGGCCCCGGUCCAGGAAGACCUGGGUUCAAAUCACUGCUUAGCCAUGGAGUUCGCUGGGAUGCCUUGGGCAAAUCCUUAUCCCACAGCAUCCCUAGUGAGGUGAGAUGAUAAAAGGUCUGGAAGCCAAGCCUUAUGAGGAAUAGCUGAGGGAAUUGGGUAUGUUUCAGCCUGGUAAAGAGGAGACUGAGAUGAGAUAUAAUAGCCAUCUUCAAAUAUCUGUCCCAUGGAGGGUGGAGCAAACUUGUUUUCUCCUGCUCCGGAGGCUAGGACUGAAACCAAUGGAUUCAAGCUACAAGGAAGGAGGUUCCAAGUAAACUUCAGGAAGAACAUUCUGACAGCAAGAGCCUCCUACAAGAGGUGGGGCACUCUCCUUCCUUGGAGGGUUUUAAGCAGAGGUUUGAUGGCCACCUGCCAUUUAUGAUCUAGUGGAGAUUCCUGCAUCGCUGGGGGUUGGACUUGUCGAUCCUCAGGGUUCUUUCCAGCUCUAAAAUUCUAUACUCAAAUGGUCCAAGUGUCCAUGAGAGAUGCAACAAUCAGUUCCCCAUUUAAUCCUGAUUUACCUCUUUCAAUAGAAAAUCCAUUCAAAAUAACAACUGCCCUGUGAAAAUGGUAAAUCUGAAUGAAUUUGGGUGAGGAAUUUGGGACAGAAUUCUGAUGAGGACAAUAUUGUGCGGACACUAUCUUUGCUAUGCUCUAUUCCCAUAUAGUGGCAUUCAAACAAAAACCGAAGGUUUCCAAUCGAUACUUUUUGUGCUUUCCUUGUUUGAAGCUCACAUUGCAACAGAGAAGCACACAAACUUAGAUUCUUCAACAUGCCAAGUCAACAUUUGACAUUUCAAAAUCACAGAGAUACACCAAAUCAUUUUGAAAUCUAAAACACCAAAUUCAGAUAAUUGAACCCUCAGAAGGAAUACCCAGCUAGACGUCUCUGUUUGUCCCUUCUUAUACAGCUAUAUUAGGGAUGGGACUCUGGUUUCUUCUCAUGUCACUGAAGGGCAAUGGCCCCAGGAGAGACCCCAGGAGAAUUAGUCCUCCUUUGACAUGGCUAGCUAGGAACUCUCCCUUUAAUCGGUGUGGCAGGAAAUAGUAGCUGCAUUGCAAAAGAGAUAGGACAGAAUUGGGGCUGAGCUCCUCUGCAUUUUACCAUCCGCACAAUAAGACCCACUUUUCGUGAGGCAGCUGGAUGAACUGGUAGGUCUUAAGAUUUUAACAGGACAAGGGGAAAUGACAGAAAGUUCUGAUAUUUACUGGUAAGAGUCAGAAAAGGCAUUGAAUCAAUAUCCAUAUAUCAUAAUUUGCUGGUGAAGAAGGCACACCAGGAUUAUGACACGAAGAUUCCUGACAUUCCCCACUGGGUUUCGCAGUCUUGACCUACUGGCAAGUCUCAACAUAUACCAUACCAAGAAACCUGGGGUUUUCGUACCCUGACAUAUAUGCGAUGCUCUUGUCUUCUCUUCUCUUGCAGGCAAAGUACUAGUUCACUGUGCCAUGGGCAUAAGCCGCUCUGCCACCCUUGUGCUUGCCUUUUUGAUGAUCUGCGAAAACAAGACCCUCGUGGAUGCCCUAAAGUCUGUGCGAGAACACAGAGGAGUCUGCCCAAACUCUGGUUUCCUCAGCCAGCUCCGAGAUCUUGACAUCCGGUUAAACAGCGAAAGGGGAAGGUCAAGAGGUGAUGCCUUGAAACUUUAGCUGAAGGAUGCCCUGCGCUGUGGCUCAAGACGAAGCGGAAAGUCAGAGAGACAAAAGGAGGCAAGCCUCAGAAAUACCUGAACUCUGAGUCUGUGCUAGAAGAGGUGUCUGGGUAGUGAAAUGAAAAUAGUGAAGUAUUUCUUUGAUGUUAGAAACUAAGUCGAGAUUAAAGCCACGCCAGACAUUUGGCAUA